AUGAUUCGAGGGCUGCCUUCAUCCUGCCAUUAUGGUGCGACCUGGCAUUGUCUCUUCUGCGCAAUCAAAACUGACGAUGAGCCCUUGGAGUUUUCUUCGCUGGGCCACAGGUCAAAUUCCACGCGUCAACAUGUCUUGCCUGCGCAAGAUUCGCGAGCUGUUCCCGCCGAGGACGAUCACGGUGUCAUCGAACCAUCGCCUCUGGAAGAUCCUUCAUUACAUACUCGAUCUACAUCAGUACCUAACAUAUUGUCGCAUAGACCAAGUCCCGAUGAGCUCGUUCGAACGCGCACCAGCUUCAUAACGACUCCGAGGCCAUCCGGUCAUUCCACGUCCCCAGUCUCGGAUCCUAUAGGUCUGAGCGUUGUCCACAGCAGCCCCGAGGCCCAAGCAGAUGUCAUACUCGUCCAUGGUCUUGGUGGUUCCUCGCGGAAGACUUGGUCGUGGCAGCGAGACAGCGCAAAUUUCUGGCCAAGUUGGCUGAAGGAUGAGGUCAAACUGCCCGAACUGAGGAUUUUCUCCUUCGGGUACGCAGCCAAUAUACUUGGACCCGACAACACUAUGAGCAUCCUCGACUUUGCUAAAGACUUGUUGAAUCGCAUGCGAGGCUACCACGAUGAUGACACCCCACUCGGACACAGGCCCAUCAUCUUUGUUGCCCAUUCAAUGGGUGGACUUGUGGUCAAGAAAGCCUACGUCAUUGGACGCCAGAACCAUCACUACGCAGACAUGUUGGCUCAAGUGGGCGGCAUCAUGUUCCUUUCGACUCCUCAUCGAGGUUCAGCGCAAGCGUCAACGCUGAAGACCUUGCUAGCAGCCACGUUGGGAUCGCAGAAGACGUACAUUUCCGAGCUGAAGAACAACUCCACAUCCAUUGAGGACAUAAACGAGCAGUUCCGUGAUGCAUGUGAGCACCUGGAGCUUGUCUCACUUUACGAGGCCAAACCAACCAAGGUGGCCACCGGAAUCAAAAGGAUCAUGGUCGACAAGGAAUCAGGCAGGCUAGACUAUCCCAGAGAAAUGUCCUCCCCACUGCACGCCGACCACCAUACGGUAUGUAAGUUUGAGAGCCCGGCUGACCAGAACUACGUUGCCGUGGUUGGCUUCUUGAGGCAGUUGCUGGACCGUCUCAAUCUGCGACGGCCAACGCCGGUACCCGUCGCUUCAUGCCCCGACCGGGACCACAUCAAUGAAAAUUCUCCAGCAAUGAUAGAGAAAAUUUUGGGAACAACAGAAACUCCUCGCAACGAGCUGAGCAAAGCUGUCAACGCUGCCCUCCCCAACUCUUGUCGCUGGUUUCGAGAACGCGAGACCUUCGGAGACUGGGUUUCUGGACGAAGCACUUCCCCCCCAAUACUGUGGUUGUCGGGAAUGCCAGGCACUGGCAAGACUACUCUGGCUGGCAUGACUAUCGACUAUAUGCAAAAACAAUUUUUGGAGCAGAGUACACAGUUCCACUUCUUUGUCAAUUCACAACCUGCAAAACGGAGUAUUGCGAACUGUCUUCUCUCGAUUGCCCUCCAGCUAGCAACCUCCAACAAAAUCUUCGCAGAAAGGCUGAUCGAUUUGCAUGGCACCACCGGACUGCUUUUCGGGCAUCAGAAAGCUGCAACAAUCUGGGAACGGAUUUUCCAACACAUCGUGUUCAACAUGGACUUUGGCUAUUGCCUGCAUUGGGUGGUGGACGCUAUUGACGAAGCGGAGAGCGCGGAAUCGCUGGUGAAAAUGUUUAUGAGCAUCAAAUCCCGGACCCCGAUCAGAAUCUUGUUCUUCAGCCGGCCCAACAGUGAGCUAUUAAAUUACACUGUUGCCCACGCAGAUAUCGUCCAGCACGACAUUCUUACCGUAGGCGACACCAAGAACGACCUGUCCGCCUAUGUCAAAGUCGCCAUUCAGGAGGCUAUGCCCCAUGACGAGCGAGUCCAACAAGACACAACACGCCAAAUGUUAGCCAUGGCGCAAGGGUCCUUCCUUUGGGCCAGUCUCGCCUUGAAUAUGCUGAAGGAUAACUGGCACACAAAGGAGGAUAUCUACAAGUCACUCAACAACGUUCCGAGAGACAUGCAUCAGCUAUACACUAGCAUGUUGGAAAGUGUAAGGACCCAGAGUCAUGGCCGUCACUAUGAGAUGGCUAUCCGGAUACUGACCUGGGCUACAUGCAACUAUCGACCGUUGCGAAUUGAAGAGCUUGAGGAAGCUCUUCAGCCGGAUUUCAAGAACUUUACUAGUCUUCGUGAUACUAUUGUCCGCAUUUGUGGUCAUUUCAUCCGCGUCGACGACGGCACCAUUUCCCUCAUACAUGCUACAGCUCGACACUUUUUGCUGAGCGAUUCAGACGGACGAGUACCUGUUAUCGAUUUCCACAAAGGCCACGACCACAUUGCCAUGGUGUGCUUGCGAUAUCUCUCCAACGACCAGUGGCGAAAGAUUACCACGCAGGCCCUGGAGCAAGGAGUCUUCCGACGUGGGGAAGACCGGCUCGUGUCACUGUAUCGCGAUCAUCCACUUUUGAAAUAUUCGAUAAAUCACUGGUCUUACCAUGUUUCCCAUGCGACUCCAACCCUGUCAUCAGAACUCGCCGAACAACUGCGGCAAUUCUUCGACAGAUAUGUGCUUGUUUGGAUCCAAUUAGUCGGAGCUUCCCGAAGCUUAAAAACGAUCACGAUCGCGGCAAAGCACUUGAAAGCAUUUCUUCGACGCCGAAAAAGAAGACUUCAUUCAGAGGCCCCUUUACAGUUGAGAUCAGACGACUCUGCAGAUAAUGGAAGCAAUCUCAAAGUUUUAGAACUCUGGAUCAUCGAUUUGAUACGGCUAGUGGGAAAGUUUGGCUCAGAUCUGAUCACUAACCCUUCUACGAUACAUCGCCUCAUUCCUCCGCUGUGUCCCGUUGCCUCCAUUAUAUUCCAGACAUUCCGAGACGCCUCGUCAUCUCUACUUUCCAUCUCAGGCCUUAGUGCUCGGGGCUGGGAUGACUGCUUGGCGCGGGUCUCCGUCGGGCAAGACUAUACACUGUCCAAGGUUGCCGCUUCAGACUUAUUCUUUGUCACCCUUGUCAGCAGCACCGGUACUCUGGUGGUUUGGCAUACGGACACCUGCGAGGAAGCGCACCGACUGGAGCACGCUGAGUGGGUCACCCUUGUUAGCAUGAAUUGCACAGGAACGUUGCUUGUGUCAGCAGGGCGGUUCAGCUUUAAGAUUUGGGACGUCUCUCGAGGCACUCUUUUGACCAAGAUUGCGCGGACAUCGGAGGCACGGCCAAUGUGCCUGGGAUUCUCGAAUGGCGAUCGUGAGAUCAUUGUUGGCUAUGACGACUGCCGACUCAGCCGUCUAAGUGCUGGAUCAGGGAUCGAACUGUCCUCCUUCUCGGCGGAAGAAGAUGCAAAUGACAAUCGUAGCUGUCCCAGACUUAUUGCAGUCAGCCCUGACCAGACUCACCUUGCCAUCGCCUACCGCGGCGCGCCAGUACUCCUCUGGAACAUGAAGGCGGGAACAGGUACAAGACCCAAGAGAUGCCUUCGCUCCGAAGAUGAGGACAGGUGGGAUCAAGAAGAGGGCGAAGUCUGGAACGCCGCUGAGGUCGUGUGUUGGCACCCCGAAUCAAUUUCGCUUUUCGUAUUGUACCAGGACGCGACGAUACUCGAAUGGAAUCUGAUCGAAGACGUGAAGCAUGAAUUUCGGCAUACUGAUGCCCGAGAGAUAGUGGUCAACCACGACGGGACAUUCUUGUUGACCAGUGAUCGCAGCGGAACACUCAGUGUCUGGACCCUCCCGAAUGUGCAUCUCCUUUACCGACUUGAAUACGAAGAGUUCGUCCGGGACCUGUGCUUCAGUCCAGAUGGCCAGAGAAUCUACGAUGUUCGAGGGUCGAGGUGCAACAUCUGGGAACCCGACGUUCUGAUCCGACCGGAGGAGUUGGAAAAUGACGGAGAUAGAGCGAGUAGCUGCGACGCCUCGGUUUUGUCUGAACCGGUCAUCUCGCGAGAAAGGAACGACAAAGCGUCAAUCACCUCCCUCUCAUGCGGCAGCGAAGACGAGUUCUACGUUGUGGGGAAAGAAGAUGGAACCAUUCAGAUCUACGAUCUUCCCAAAGGCAACAAGGUCAAGACAGCAUACAGUCACGCAGACACAGUCUCAAUCAUUGCCUUGGCCUGGUCCAUGUCCAGAAAAUACAUGAUCUCGGGUGACGACUCGGGUAGGGUCAUCGCGAAACGCCUCAGAAUCAAGGAAGACGGAAAAUGGGCCGUAUUUCCCGUUGUUGAUUUCAGGCUUGAUGAAACAGUGGAGCAAUUCGUGUUCAAUGAGAAUGACACCCUCGUUCUUGUGAGAGCUGGACCGCCAGAGCUGGAAGAAAAUGGAUUUGUCAUCCAAUGGCCGAAAAUCAGCUCAUAUGGAUUGAUCCGGCCCAUGUCCAUGCCCAUUCAUGGGCAACCCUCGAACGCACCGGUAGUCCAUACCUCUGCUGUAUCGGAGAUGGAACACAAAUUGCGGACGGAGAUCCUUCCAGCAGGAGUUGCAUCCAAACGCUUCUUCAGCCACCGUCCCGGCGCCAUAUCAUUUGCGAAGCUCUACCAGAUACUGGGAACAGCCGCAGCUCAGCAGUCGGUUCAUUAG